GAUUUCCCACGCGUUCUUUAUUUAAGUAGUACCGUCCUCAAUAUGGAGGAGCCUUUGACCCCGAACUACCCGCGAACUGGAUACUCAGCGCUCAGUACUCAGCUUCCACAUUUUCCUCCCUUUCUUGCUUCAUGUUUCAUAAAGGGAAAAAUAUGGAGCACAUUCUAUCGAUCAGCCGAACUGCUCACAACUUCAUACACCGGAUCAAUGCCCUCGUUCCUCGCUCGACUUCUUGGUUCCGACCCCAAAACAGCGAAAAAAGGCUGGAGGUGGAUGUCCGUCUCUCAGUACCCUACCCGCGACCCAUCUCGGCGGCCCUUGUUUCCGUGGGGGUUCGACCCUCACUGGCUGAGCAGGCAUCCCGGGCCUAUCUUGCUACUGCGUUGCAACUGAAGCGCGCAUAUGAGGAACGAAUCAGGGCAGUAUCUCGCGUUUGGCUGCAAACAAAUUUCUAC